AUGUCUUACAGUAACAGGGAACUGGUGGUGUUUUUUAUAAGCUAUAGACUGUCCCAGAGGAAUUAUUCAUGUUGUCAAUUGGGGCUGGAGGGUGCAAGUGGACGGACUGAGGGAGAUGAGGCCAUUGCAAAUGGGUCUGUGGGGAACAACCGGAACAGCAGAAGCAAUUUGGCGAAGCCCUCAUCUCCACAGGGGGUCAUGGAGCCAGUGAAAGCAGCACUACGGGACUCAGUGGAUGAGUUUGAGCUGCGCUACACCCGUGCCUUCAGUGACCUCUCCUCCCAGCUCCACAUCACCCCUGCCACAGCCUACCACAGCUUUGAGAGUGUGAUGGACGAAGUGUUCAGGGACGGGGUCAACUGGGGUCGCGUGGUGGGUCUGUUUGCUUUCGGCGGGGCCUUGUGUGUUGAGUGUGUUGAGAAGGAUAUGAGCCCACUGGUGACACGCAUCGCAGACUGGAUGACCACCUACCUGGACAACCAUAUCCAGCCCUGGAUCCAGAGCCAAGGAGGAUGGGACUGUUUUGCAGAGAUCUUUGGCAGAGAUGCUGCUGCAGACGUUCGAAGGUCCCAGGAGAGCAUAAUUAAAUGGCUGCUAUUUGGGGUGAUUCUGCUUUCAGGAGUGCUGGUCGGCACUCUCAUCAUGAAGAAACGCCAAUGA